GGCGUGAAGUAUAGAAUGUUACUUUUUGUAGGGUGGAAUUGUUGGAAUGACACGUGCUCUUGCAACAGAUGAGGGAAGGCAUGGUGUUCGAGUAAAUUCGAUAUCGCCUGGAUGUGUUUGGACACCUUUAUUCGAAGAAUGGGCAAAAACAGCAGAAAAAGGACAGAUGGAACAAAUAAAAGAUAUUAGUAUUCUGGGACGGUUUGCAGAUCCACGUGAGAUCGGAAUGGCAUGUCUAUUUUUAGCAGCUGAUGCAACUUUUACCACCGGUGAAGAUCUUAGUUGUACUGCUGGUAUAGAAAGGGGAUAUGGGAUAAAAAUGAAAUAACCACUGUUUUUGUUUGCUUACUUGUUUUCCAUCACAUGGCACGAUCAAUAAAAGCCUAUCUUUAAUGAUGUAUGUUGUUUAUUUU